ACAAAAAGGGAAGAAGAUAGUGAAAAAGCUUUUGAAUUGAUUCUUGAAUCUUAAGCAUUCAAACUGAGAUUUUGAGAAAUGGGUACUGGAUGGAAAAGGGCCUUUUGCACUGCGAUUCCUAAAGAUAGAGAAUCUCCGACCACCGCCGGCGCCGGCGCCGUCAACUGCCAUAGCCCACCCAAUCCAAGUCCUCGAAGCUGCGUCAGGCUCGGUUUCUUCUCCGGCGGAAGCAACCCUUCCACGCCUCGCCUGAACCAACCCCAUUUGGUUAACACCCCCACCUUGCGCUGCCGAACCUCCGCCGCCGCAAUUCAACAAGCACUUGCCGGCGAUAAUAAUAAUAAUAAUCAAGUCACCUCAAAAUCAUCAGCCAAACCUCUUGCCGGUUCUAAUCCAGCAUCCCCUAGAUCCCCAUUCUCAAUCUUGAAGAACAGUCUUCGAUUCUCCAGGAACAAUUGUGGAGUGUGUAUGCAGAGUGUGAAAUCAGGUCAAGGAAUGGCGAUAUAUACAGCUGAAUGUUCUCAUGCUUUUCAUUUUCCUUGUAUCGCUGCUCAUGUUGGUAAUAAUGGAAGCUUGAUUUGCCCUGUUUGUAAAUCCACAUGGAAAGAUGUUCCACUUCUCGCCAUUCACAAAGUCCAACCAAAUCCUGAUCAUGAAUCUGACAAAAAGAUCCAAACGAACGAAAACCCAAAAACCAGAAUCGAACAACAACCACAACAACAACAAAUCCAUUACGCGAAGAAGCAAUAUCAUAACAGCCACAGCCACAGCCGCGGUUAUGAUGACGAUGAGCCGUUGUCUUCUCCGACAGCCACGGCUAGAUUCGUUCCUAUACCGGAGGUUGACGAUGAAGAAGAAGAAGAUGUCGAAGAGUUCAAGGGUUUUUUUGUUAACCCGAUUUCAUCCUCAAGCGAUGAAGCGUUCAUCGGAGGCAGAGAUAAUAGGAAUGUGGAGGUUUCCUUGAUGCCCGAAGCUGCCGUGGUUUCCACCGGUAGGACCCGGGAAGCACACGUUAUAGUUCUCAGAAUAAAAGCGCCGCCGCCACCGCCGCCGUCGUCAGCUCACAUCGGCGGUUCUGCUAAUCUUCUUGAUCGGAGUCGUCGAGCUCCGAUCGAUUUAGUAGCGGUUCUAGAUGUGAGUGGAAGCAUGACCGGGUCGAAGCUCCAAAUGAUGAAACGGGCUAUACGGCUUGUUAUCUCAUCUCUCGGGUCAUCUGAUCGGCUCAGCAUUGUCGCUUUCUCUGCUUCUCCUAAACGGCUGUUGCCUUUAAGGAGAAUGACGGCUAAUGGGCAGCGCGCCGCUCGCCGUAUUAUUGACCGACUCGGGUGUAGCCAAGGUUCAAGCGUCGGGGAAGCUCUUAAGAAAGCCGCGAAAAUACUUGAAGAUCGGAGAGAGAGAAACCCGGUUGCUUCCAUCAUGCUGUUAUCAGACGGUCAUGAUGAUGAUAGUGGUCAUUCCAACGAUCAAGAUCAACGGAAAACGGGUAGUCAUGUAUCGUCGACACGGUUCUCUCAUGUUGAGAUUCCGGUUCAUGAGUCCGGGUUUGGAGCUAAGCAGAAGAAACCCGGCUAUGUUAACGAACCGGCUGAGGAUAAGUUUGCUAAAUGUGUUGGUGGGUUGUUAAGUGUAGUUGUUCAUGACCUUAAGCUUCAGCUUAGCAUCGGCUCAGGAUCCGACCCGGCUGAGAUAGCUGCGGUUUAUUCAUCUGAAGGAAAACCCAUGUUUAUCGGGUCAAGUUCGAUUAAGAUCGGCGAUCUAUACGCCGAGGAAGAACGUGAACUAUUAGUUGAAUUGAGAGUUCCAACGCCAGCUGUUGGGUCCCACCACGUGUUAUCAGUACGCUGUAAUUACAGAGAUCCUGCCACGAAGGAGUUAAUCAACGGUAGAGAUCACGCGUUGCUUGUUCCUAGAUCUCAGGUCGUCGGAGCAUAUAAUACCCCGAUUAAGAUCGAACGGCUGAGAAACCUCUUCAUCACAACGCGAGCGAUCGCGGAAUCUCGGAGAUUAAUUGAGAAUAACAACGAUCUGAACAGUGCCCAUCAUUUGCUGUCGUCUGCUCAAGCUUUGAUCGUUCGAUCCAGCUCUGUAUCGGCUGAUGAAUACAUAUCUGGGUUGGACGCAGAAUUAGCUGGGCUGCGUUUGCGGCGCGAUCAGAUUGAGAGGAGGAGGAAUAAUAAUGGGGGGGAGAAGGAAGUAACAUUGAUGGACGAGUAUGGUGAGCCGUUGACGCCGACCACCGCUUGGAGGGCGGCUGAACGACUGGCAAAGGUAGCUAUGAUGAAGAAAUCAUUGAAUAGGAAGGUAAGCGAUUUGCACGGGUUCGAAAACGCAAGAUUCUAAAGCUUGUUCAUUUCACAUAUAGCAUCAUUAUCAUUAUUAAGUCAAUUAGAUGGAAAACUAGUAUUAGUAGAUUAUCAUCAUCAUCAUCCAUUUCCCGGAUUACCCAUCAAAAUGUCAUCUUUGAGUUUUCAAUUGUAAUUGUUGUUGCUGUUUGUUAAUGGAGAUUUGCGUUUUUCAUA